CCCCGCGCUGGGCGCACGGCCGCGGCCGGCACAGCCCGGGCUGAAGAACAGGGCCGCUCCCUCAGAGAACGCCUCGCUUUCCCCCUCCGCGCCCGCGCAGGGACCCGUACGCUGCCCAGCCCGCCGGGCCCCGCAGCGCGCUUCCCGCCCCCGGUAACCAGACACGGUGCUUCCUACACCAGGUUACGCGGGGCAGACAGAAAACUGUGCUUGGGCGUAAAAGGGAAGCGUGUCUGAUUGCAAAAGCACAAGUGCUGGCCUUGAAACCAGCUGAUAGCUCUCGAGGGAGUGGCACAGGGCCUUGAAAUAGGCCUGAUGGACGUGCACAGACACGGCUCCGAAAGCUGGCGGCUGCCCGGGGUUCGGUGCUCAUCCUGCGGCUCUCUGCUGCUCUCUGCUGCCCGGCAGCCUCGCUCCAUCACGGAAACCCCUCGCCACAGAGGAGAAGAGCGAGUUCCUCGGUCAGGGAGUGUGUGCCUUCUUCACGAGAGCACUACCCUGGCGCCUCAGGGGCUGCAGUGUGUGAGGAACAGGAAGCUCAGCGCGUUGUUGACACGAGUAUGGCUCAGGAGGGAGGAGGGGUCACCAAAGCAAUGCCAUCCCGCUGGCACAAUCACCUUUUCAGUCUUCUCCCAUCAAUAGAGAAAUCUGGGAGGAGAUUGUCAGCCACUGGAUAUCCCCCAGUCAAGAGCCCUGCAGAGAGCUUUCCCCUGCCCCAGGAACCAGCAGUGACUCCACCAGGCUCAUCCCAGGCAGAAACACGCUCUGACAGUGUCUUCUACUAGCAGGGAGACCCCUGACAAGUGUUUUGUCUUCUGGUGCUGCACAAACCCUGCGUGUAUCCUGUGCGAAGCAACGUGUUGCCUAUUUCAGCAGCACAAACAUCACGUUGUCUCUGAACGGGCUUGUUCCGUCACUGGUUUCUGGCAGCAGCAGGCUCUUCUCUAGGAGGAACGUGGGAGAACGUAGAGCUCUGCUAGGGUUUCCCCGUGAAGUUGCUCCCCAGGUGUUCUCCUGGGAAGAAAAGAGCUGAGCCCACCUUUCCCCUUCUGCAGGAUGCCCUUAAUUGGGGAGAAUCAUCAGCUGGUUUUGCAGCCUGCAGGAAACAGGACUCGUUGACUGAACAGCCUACAGGUUUUAAAAUUAAGUGCACUGCAUACGAGGAAUGGUACUACCCUCAGGUAAAGCAGACAAGCAGUGUGCAUCAUGAUGGAGCAUGCCUGUGAGGGACCUCCUUCCCGUCUGAGAUCAUGCUGGAGGGCUCACACUUGAUUCCAUGAGACUUUGGACCUCCAUCCCCCACCAGGACUGCCCUCCACAAGCAGAUGUUUGUGGGAGAGGAAUGGUGUGAAUCCCCAGCGCUGUCGCCUUCGCUGCCCUGAACUGUUAAGCCUCUCUACUCAUCCUUGGACAGGGAAUAGUGCUGCUCCAUUCUGGUUUUGACUCUGAGUCAUGAUGAAUAAACCAAUGCAUUGAAGGUCAUCGUCCAAAAAGAUUGUUACCCAGGCAAGUAAGAAAGUGUAGUGGGACAGAGGCAAGGACGAGAAGCCCCGAGCGAGCGCUGGGACGAGGGCCCCCGGGCGGGACUCCCCUCCCUGCGGCGCGGCCUCACCAUGUCCAAGAAGGGCUCCAGCAGCCGGGCCAGGGGGGAGAAGCCGGACGCCUUGGCCGCCUUGCAGGCUGCCAACGAAGAGCUCAGGGCCAAGCUCACCGACAUCCAGAUAGAGCUCCAGCAAGAAAAGAGUAAGGUCAGCAAGUUGGAAAGAGAGAAAAAUCAGGAGGUUAAGCAGAUCAAAGAGCACGAACAGCAUAAAAGCACAGUGGUAGUAACAGAGCUCAAAGUCAAACUUCAUGAAGAGAAAAUGAAGGAGCUUCAAGCUGUUCGAGAAGCACUUUUGAGACAGCACGAAGCUGAACUGCUUAGAGUAAUAAAAAUUAAAGAUAACGAAAUCCAGAGGCUACAGACCCUUCUCAAUGCUGUACGUGAUGGGGCUCCUGACAAGGUGAAGACAGUACUGCUCACAGAGGCAAAGGAGGAGGCCAAGAAGGGGUUUGAGGUUGAGAAAAUAAAAAUGCAGCAAGAAAUUUCAGAGCUGAAGGGAGCUAAGAAACAAGUGGAAGAGGCUUUAACUAUGGUCAUCCAAGCUGACAAAAUUAAAGCAGCAGAGAUAAGGAGUGUGUAUCACCUGCAUCAAGAGGAAAUCAGCAGAAUUAAGAGGGAGUGUGAGAGAGAAAUUCGUAGACUGAUGGAGGAGAUUAAGUUUAAAGACAGAGCAGUCUACGUGCUGGAGAGAGAGUUAGGGGUUCAAGCCGGGCAUGCUCAGAGACUGCAGCUCCAAAAGGAGGCUUUAGAUGAACAACUUUCCCAGAUCAAAGAGUCUGAUCGGCAUCUGAGCAGCCCCAAGCGGGAACUUCCUUAUGCAAGUGGUGCAGGAGACGCUUCAGAUCAUUCGGGAAGCCCCGAACAGCAGUUGGAUGAAAAGGAUGCGCGGCGUUUCCAACUGAAAAUCGCUGAGCUGAGUGCCAUCAUCAGGAAGCUGGAGGACCGGAACGCGCUGCUGUCGGAGGAGAGAAACGAGCUGUUAAAACGUCUUAGAGAAGCUGAAAGUCAGUAUAAGCCCAUUUUGGACAAAAAUAAACGCCUUAGUAGGAAGAAUGAAGAAUUGUCACAUGCCUUACGUCGGAUGGAAAAUAAAUUGAAAUUUGUAACGCAAGAAAAUAUAGCGAUGAGGCAGAGAGCUGGAACCAUCAGGAGACCGAGCUCUUUAAAUGACCUUGACCACAGCCAGGAAGAAAGAGAAGUUGAUUUCCUGAGACUACAAGUUAUUGAACAGCAAAAUAUCAUUGAUGAACUCUCCAAGACACUGGAAACUGCUGGCUAUGUGAAGAGUGUCAUGGAACGGGAUAAGCUGUUAAGGUAUAGGAAGCAAAGGAAAAAAAUGACAAGAAUUCCUAAGAAGCCGGUGGUGGAGACGUUUUUUGGCUACGAUGAAGAAGCUUCCUUGGAGUCUGACGGGUCCUCUAUCUCAUACCAAACUGACCGGACAGAUCAAACCCCUUGCACUCCUGAAGAUGACUUGGAAGAGGGCAUGGCCAAGGAGGAGACAGAACUGCGGUUUCGGCAGCUGACCAUGGAGUACCAGGCUCUGCAACGAGCAUACGCCCUAUUGCAAGAACAGGUCGGAGGAACAUUGGAUGCAGAACGAGAAGUUAAGACACGUGAGCAGCUCCAAGCAGAAAUACACCGCGCUCAGGCCCAGAUAGCUGACCUGGAGAAGGCCCUGGCUGAGCAGGGGCAGGACAUGAAGUGGAUUGAGGAGAAGCAAGCAUUGUACAGAAGAAAUCAAGAACUGGUAGAAAAGAUAAAACAAAUGGAAGCGGAGGAAGCUCGUUUAAAACACGACGUCCAGGACGUUAAGGAUCAAAACGAGCUCCUGGAGUUCAGGAUCUUGGAGCUUGAAGAGAGAGAGAGACGGUCGCCUGCCAUCAACUUCCACCACGGUCCUUUUACAGAGGGGAAGAGCCCUCUCCAAGUCUACUGCGAGGCAGAAGGUGUAACAGACAUAGUAGUAGCGGAGCUGAUGAAAAAGUUGGACAUUUUAGGGGAUAACGCCGUAAGUAAUCUGACCAACGAAGAGCAAGUAGUUGUCAUACAAGCAAGGACAGUCCUCACGUUGGCUGAAAAGUGGCUACAGCAGAUCGAAGUGACGGAGUCUGCGCUGCAGCAGAAGAUGCUGGACCUGGAGAAUGAAAAGGAGCUCUUCAGCAAGCAGAAGGGCUACCUGGACGAUGAGCUCGACUUCAGGAAACAGUCCUUGGACCAGGCUCACAAGCAAAUUCUGGAAUUAGAAGCCAUGCUCUAUGAUGCCCUGCAGCAAGAAGCUGGAGCCAAAAUUUCCGAACUUCUUUCAGAAGAGGAGAAAGAGAAACUGAAGAGCGCCGUAGAGCAAUGGAAGCGGCAGGUCAUGAGCGAGCUCCGGGAGAGGGACGCCCAAAUCCUGCGGGAAAGGAUGGAGCUCGUUCAGCACGCGCAGCAGAGAAUUAAAGAGCUAGAAGAAAGAAUUGAAGGCCAAAAAAGACAAAUAAAAGAGUUAGAGGAAAAGCUUUCAUUCUUUGGUCAUAGUCCUUCAGGCCACGUGCAGAAGCUUACUGAGGAAGCUCCAAUUGCUUCUACUGUUAUCAACAGGAAGACAGCAUUGAUUACCAAGACAGAAAAAGAGACAUUGCCGUUUCAAAACCCCCAGAUAUCUCUCAUAUUUUGCUACUGGCGAUGGAAGGUGCAAUCUUUCUGUCCCUUUCUGACUGAAGCUGAACUAGGGUACGUGGAAAUUUCUGCACAGGUGACGUCUGCACCACUGAAAUCUCUGACUGAGUGUUUUGAAAAGCUACAAGUAAGCCGACAAAGAAGAAAUCCAAAAACCCCCUCCCUCUCCUCCAGCCACAGGCUCCUCCUUGGAGUCCUGGCUCUGCUGCUUGAACUAACCUUCAGUGGAAGUCCUGGCUCUGCUGCUUGAAAUAGCUCUCAGCUUUACGUAAGGAGCGGUAUACUAAUUCAGAUAAACUGAAUAUAUUUUGGUUCCCUGCUAAGCAGGUAGUACAUUGCUUCUCUGUAGAAGUGACCGUGUCCUGUUUUAUAUGUCACGCAUUUAUAUUUGUUAUUCAUAGUUAUUUAAAAAUCUGUCUGGAAAGAAGAUUUUAGGAAGAGUUCCAGAGGAGUAACUCCUGAAAAGAUAAAUGUGAAUGAAAAUGAAGUGUUUUGUCCCAAGGUGUUUCUUCGUCACGCAGGGUACGUCCGAUGGUUGAAUAUCCCACAAGCCCAGUUUUAGGGAAGAACGUGAAGCUGUGUUCUACAGAUCAAGUUGUCAUUUUUGGGAGAGUUUUCAGUAGACCAUGGCCUGAUGAGAAAAAUGGCACAAUAAUUUAUAAUUUGCUGUCCCUGGAUGCUGACGAAAGGCUUACCAUUGUCCCAGCAAAAAGUUCGACCUGGAAACGAGUAAAACAGAUCAUCCCUGAUCCGCACGCUCGGGGCUGGGGGAGGCAGCGAGAGGGGACAGAAGAUCUUGUCACCACGAGGCACCAGUCCCGCAGAGCCCGCGCCCAGCAAGGCAGAUGGGGCCUCUAGAAAAACGGGGGGAGGAGGGGAAGCCCGGAAGAAAUCCCCGAGUGCCACUGGGCGCAGGGGAGCCGCGGGCGCCCCAGAGCCGGGCUGCCCGGGAAGGCCCAGGAGCAGCACCCCCGGAACGGGCGCCGCGAGGAACUGCCCGGCCCCUGGGAGUGCGGAGGCAGCGCCGGAGCUCCUGGCAGGUACCUGCACCGCUUCCAAAACUUGUGUGGAGUUUAUAAAGCUACGAAGAAAAUCCCUUGAUACGGAAGUUGUAAAAACUCCCCGGAUACUUGUACAUCAGUGAUCUGUUUUAAAGCGGACAGUGUGAACAGCAAAGGGAGCUAAGCUGCGAAAAUGUAAGGAAACAAAAGUGUUCUAUUUGUACUGGAGUAAUGUGACAUUUUAAGUCAAAGGUUAUGGAUACUGAUAUCAGCAUAGGAUUAUAUUACAAAAGUAAUUUGAAAAAAAUUCCAAUUCUACCAGACACAGAUACCAAUGCUGGCGUUGCGUCGACGAGCGACAUUUUUACUUCUGCAUUUCACGCGUAAAACGUGUCCAUUUUGAGUUCUGCUUGAAUACUUAGUGUCUUAAAGUAUUUUAUUUACUUGGAAGAACUGGGAACAAUCGUGGAGGUAGCUGCCUGCAGUCUGGGGCAUUACUGAACGGCUGGAAAUCUGCAGGAAUGUGGAUGCUGGCAUCUCUGAAAACGCCUUAAGGGAGAGGCCCGAGGCGGCGGCUCUGGGGGCGACGGGGCCGAGCCCGGGGGCUG